GUCCUGUCUGCCUUCCGUUUGCUCCCUGCUUUUCUUCACCAUUCUCGCAUGAAAAGAGAUCUAGGGUGACAGGAAAUGUGAUGACUCAUCUGCCAUCAGACAAAGUCCUUUUGGUUUGUCCUUUUGGUUGGCCUCAGUCUCUGAUAUCGGAAACCGACGUGUUAUGUUUGUGAAUGUUUUUAUUUUGCAGAAGACACAUGGAUUGCAGUGGGGCUCUGAUGACUGAAAGGUCUGAUGCAUGUGGCUCUCUGAUAGCUCUUUGUUUUCCACAAACCUUUGACUAGAAAAAGAAAUCAAAGAGUGUUUUAAUCAUGCUGACCAGCAAGGGUCAGGGACGCCUUCACUUUGGUUUGUGUCUCUGGUUGUGUAUAUUCAUACCUUUCUUUAAAGACUGCGCAGGCUGUGCGUCUGAGGAGAGACUCUUUCACAGACUGUUUUCUCAUUAUAACCAGUUCAUCAGGCCCGUGGAAAAUGUUUCUGACCCCAUCACGGUGCAUUUUGAAGUGGCCAUCACGCAGCUGGCCAAUGUGGAUGAAGUAAACCAGAUCAUGGAAACCAAUCUGUGGCUACGUCAUAUCUGGAAUGAUUAUAAAUUACGCUGGGACCCAUUGGAAUUUGAUGGCAUUGAGACUAUUCGUGUUCCUGCAGAUAAGAUCUGGAAGCCUGACAUUGUUCUCUAUAACAAUGCUGUUGGUGACUUCCAAGUUGAAGGCAAGACAAAAGCUCUUCUAAAAUAUGAUGGCAUGAUAACCUGGACCCCACCAGCUAUUUUUAAGAGUUCCUGUCCUAUGGAUAUCACUUUUUUCCCUUUUGAUCAUCAGAAUUGUUCCCUGAAAUUUGGUUCCUGGACAUAUGACAAAGCUGAAAUUGAUCUUCUAAUCAUUGGCUCUAAAGUGGAUAUGAAUGAUUUUUGGGAAAAUAGUGAAUGGGAAAUUGUUGAUGCUUCUGGCUAUAAGCAUGACAUAAAAUACAACUGUUGCGAAGAGAUAUACACAGAUAUAACCUAUUCUUUUUACAUUAGAAGACUGCCGAUGUUUUACACUAUUAAUCUGAUUAUCCCCUGUCUCUUUAUUUCAUUUCUCACCGUGUUGGUCUUUUACCUUCCUUCUGACUGUGGUGAAAAAGUGACACUUUGCAUUUCAGUUCUGCUUUCUCUGACUGUGUUUUUGCUGGUAAUCACAGAAACCAUCCCGUCCACGUCUCUUGUGAUCCCACUGGUGGGUGAGUACCUACUGUUCACCAUGAUCUUUGUCACCUUGUCCAUCGCGGUGACUGUGUUUGUGUUGAACAUACACUAUCGCACCCCAACAACACACACCAUGCCUAAGUGGGUGAAAAUGGUUUUCCUCCAGCUGUUACCCCAGAUCCUGAUGAUGAAGAGACCUCUGGACAAGAUGAAAAAGACAAAUUCUGAUAAAAAACCUAAAAGCAUGUCCAGCAGGCCUACCAAAGUGAAGUGUGAUAGUCGCAGGGAACCCAGACUUCUUAAAGAAGGCUGCCACUGCCAUAAAUCACACCAGCGUGCCACCAGCAAGAGAAGAUUAAGUCAUCGGCCUUUACAAUGGAUGACGGAAAAUUCGGAGCACUCACCUGAAGUUGAAGAUGUGAUUAAUAGCGUUCAAUUCAUAGCAGAAAACAUGAAGAACCAAAAUAAAACAAAAGAGGUAGAAGAUGACUGGAAAUAUGUGGCCAUGGUGGUGGACAGAGUAUUUCUUUGGAUAUUUAUAAUCGUCUGUGUGUUUGGAACUGCAGGACUAUUUCUACAGCCACUACUGGGGAACACAGGAAAAUCUUAAGGAUUUUAUCUAGUGAAAUUUACAGAUGGUGUAUUCGUUCUGUGUUCCCUACCAUAAAGAAAGGGACAUAAAGCUUCCCAUCUACUGAAGUUGAUGACUAGAUGGAAAAAGAGGAAUUGAAUGAAAAUUAGGAGUCUGGAUGCCUUCCUUUGUAGCACAGAGGAAUGCUUGAGAUUUGCUACAACGCUAGAGCCCAGAGCUGGCAGCCCCCACAGGCUUCUCUUGUCUGGACAUGUUCAGCUCCCAGGAGCAUAAUAACCAUAAUACAGCAAACCAUGUAAUCAACAUCAAACCACACUAAAAAGGAGUUCUGUUGUCCCUCCAGAAUCUGCUGCUGAUCAGUAGAAGGACACAUGCCAGACACGAAAUUCUAGAACAUGGACCUAGCUGACCUUUGCAAUGCUCAUGAACUGUUGUAGGCUUGCUUUCUUGUACAUGUCUCCAUGAUGUAGCUCACACCCAGCAUUAUUUGAUACAUUAAUUGGCAAAAAGUAAGCACAGGUAGUUGGAGUCAAUCUCAGCAGGCUAUGCUUAAGUAGCAUUCAUCUGGCAAGAAACUUGAGUGUUGUUAACCCAGCACUGUGCUAGGCAUUGCCAAAGUAACAGAAAUAGGUUGUCCUCAAGUAGUUGCAGCUUUUUAGGGAAAGUCAUAAACACAAAGAUGUCCAGGACCUCAUGUCACCUGGGGAAUGUAACUAGAGCAAUCAAAAUAGUAGAACAUGGUGUUGUGUGGCCAGGCAAACCCAACGCGACCUUUGUUGUUCUUUCUUGUUGACAAUUUCCAUUUGUUCAUUAGAGCUGAGACUAAAAGUAAAAUAAUUUCCUCUAUCAGAAAGUGUGAUCUUGUACCUUUUGGAACAAUUUCUCUUCUGAGAGGGAGCCCUUUGGAAAUUCUGUUUUAUUCCACUCGAAUUUAUUAUCUUCUUAUUUGCUGUGUAAACAUUAUCCUAACAAUUUAU